GCGCCCCCCGCACGCCCCACGCUUCGGUUUCAUCGACGCUCUCCGUCGCUUCUCUCCACCCCCUCUCGCUUCCAACUCUACAGACGGACUCCCCGAAUCUCUCUCUCUCUCUUUCUCUCUCUCUCUCCAUACAAACCGAGGUAACUGAGCCGAACCCACCAUUCCAUUCUGCACCCUCCUCGUGAUUUGCGUCGAAAGGAGCUGCCUUUUGUGCCAGAGAGCCACCAAUGGCGUCGUCUCUCUCCACCACCUCUUCGACCCUCGCUAAAGCCUCCACCUCCCGCCUGCCUCGCUCUUCCUCUCCUCCCAGCUCCCCCAACGCUCCACGCGCUCUCUCCUUCCGCCUCUCCCCUAAGCCCAGGCUCCGAUUCCUCGCCCGGGGGUUGCAUCAUACCUCCAGGAGCUCAGUAGUGGUGAAGGCCCAAUCAAAAGAGGUUGCCGUUGAUGGAUCCUCAAAUGCUGCUGCUAUGCCUCCAUCAAAACCUGCAGUACCAGCCUCAGAAAAAAGGGACGCUCAGCCACCUAUUGAUCCCUCUUCUGCAAGUUUGGCUACCGAGGAGUCAAUCUCAGAAUUUAUCUCUCAAGUUUCAAAUCUAGUCAAGCUUGUUGAUUCUAGAGAUAUUGUAGAGCUGCAGCUAAAGCAGCUUGACUGCGAGCUAAUUAUUCGCAAGAAAGAGGCCUUGCCUCAACCGCCAGCUCCUGCUCCGCCUAUGAUGAAUUAUGCGCCCUCUCCUGUUAUAGGCCCACCUGCUGCAGUUGCACCUGCCUCUGCAGCUGCACCUGCAGCUCCUAGGCCACCACCUCCAUCGGCUAGCAAGCCAGCUGAAUCAUCGCUUCCACCUCUUAAAUGUCCCAUGGCAGGAACAUUCUAUCGAAGUCCAGGACCGGGUGAACCUCCAUUUGUAAAGAAAGGAGACAAAGUACAGAAAGGACAGGUCAUAUGCAUUAUCGAGGCCAUGAAAUUGAUGAAUGAAAUUGAAGCUGAUCAAUCGGGAACUAUAGUUGAUGUUCUUGCGGAAGAUGGCGAAGCAGUCAGCGUUGACAUGCCACUUUUUAUCAUCCAACCGUAACCCUUGAUCUUGAGGAGGCAAAAGCACAACUCUUAGAAGAAGAGUAAUUUUCUUGGUACUGUGGUGACAUGCGGCAUUGAUUGAUUUGAGUUGGUAUAUUUUGAAAGUUGAGUUGAUAGGUAGAGAAGUAAGGAUGGUUUGCAUGUUAUUCGUUUCGAUACUGCGUUGUUGCUGGGAUGACAUACACGAAUAAACUUUUGGCUUUUCGCUUCAAUCCUAUUAUGUUCAAGUAGUGGAUUGGUAUGUGGACAAUAAUGGCUGAUUCCUUAAUCUACCAACUUAGUGAAUGCAGUU